AUGAACAUGCUCUCCAAUCCCAUACAGCUUGUUCACACAUCAGAUUUCCACAUCAACAUAGAAAACGAUCACAUCAUCCUGCAUGGCAAUGUCGAUGAAUCUGCUGGUGUCAUGUUGAGAGGCUCUGUUGUGCUCAACUGUCAUGAAACCACCAAAGUGAGAUCCAUCACACUCAAAUUCAUUGGCAAGGCCAAAGUAAACUGGACUGAAGGUCUCGGUUCUCAUCAACGUCAUUAUAAAGAGGAAAAGACCAUCAUCAAGCAUGAGUGGAGUUUCUUACCGUCUAAUCGCAAAACAUACCAUUUGCCCGAAGGUCAUUACAAAUGGGAUUUUGAAUUACCUUUGCCUGGCGAUCUUCCCGAGAGUGUUGAACAUGAUUUGGGCCAAGUGUACUAUCGAUUAAAAGCAGUAGUGGAGCGACCCACAUUCUCCAUGAACUACAAUGACCGAAGGAUGCUUCGAGUGUCCCGUGUACUACUGCCAUCCUCACUGGAAUUGACACAAUCUCUGGUUAUUUCUAAUAUCUGGGUUGACAAAUUAAGCUAUGACAUUAGUGUUCCCAGCAAAGUGUUUAGUAUGGGUAGCUUGAUACCAAUCACAUUUGCGCUGGUGCCGAUAGCGCAAGAUUUACAAGUUAGAUCAGUCUCAUGUGUCUUGAAGGAGUAUACAACGCUAUCAGCAGAAGAUCAUUCAAAGAUGGAGGGACGGGUGAUAAAGCAUCUACGGGACGAGAAUUUUGCUUCUGGCCCUGAUCCAUGGACAAAGACAGAAUUACUGCCUGUGCCAGACUGCACAUCGCAUUUGGUUCAGACAGACUCGCUAUGCGAUCUUAUCAAAAUUAAACAUAAACUCAAGUUUACUGUAUCACUCACCAAUGCAGACGGACACAUUUCAGAGCUGAGGGCAGCUAUUCCUGUUGUCAUUGCAGAAAUAUCGCCAGAGGAGGAUGAGAAUGCAUUGCCCGCUUAUGAAGAUGCGUGGAAAUCUGCACCCUAUGAUCCACAGCAAGUCGCAGCAUUGAUUGCCAGAGGCGACUUACCGCCUUCUAUUGCUAUCUCUGCACCCAACGAAGCAGCAAUUGGAGCCAACACCACCUUAUCGUCUUCAGAUACAGAUGAUGAGGAUCACACCCGACCCAGCACACCCAUCGGUAACACUGUGGCACCAGCAGACGGGGGUUUAACGCUUCCAUGGCAGGGCAUUGAUCUCUCAAGGGUGCCAUCCUACACCACGGCCAUUCGAUCCAAUCGACUCUAUAGCUUCUCUGGCUCAUUGCCUGGUUAUGAUUCACUGGUGGCAGUACCAGGCCGUAGUGGAUAA